AUGGAAGAAAUGAAAAAUAGAGGAAAGAACAGAGAGGAACGACACAAGGAAAGAUGGGAUGUAUUCCAACUCAACCCAAUUGGGGCUGAGAAGGAACAGAAGAGAAGAUGCUUUGAAUUUGCCCAAUAUCUGGUGGCUAUUUUCGUGGGUAUCGCUGUCCUAACCAGUGCCGUUGUUGCUAAGGGCUGUCUUUUGGUGCUGUCAACGUUGUCCAGUCCAAAAUCCCUGCGUUCCCCAAAAGAAAAGCAGUUCUACAUGCUGAUGUUGGUGUUCUGUCUUGUUUGCCCCAACUUCCUGGUGUUCAUAAAAUCAUUGUGGAGGUGUGCUUUCAAGAGCUUUGUAAAGCCCAAUAUGAGGACCAUGGCAUUUAUUUGUGUCAUUGAGUGCUUGGUGUCACUUGGCACCUCAAUCUUGGUACUUGUAGUGAUGCCUCAGUUUGACAUUCUGACAAAUCUGUUCAUCAGUGGAGGUGUCUGUAUCAUGUCUGCACUUCUUCAAAUCAUUUUUCGACUACAGACAGAAAGUUGGAAAAUUAUAUUUCCAAUCUGCUCCCUCGUUCUAACUUGUGCUGGAUACUGCCUGCUAGGAAUUGACUACUAUGUCCGUGUAACGACAUUAGUGGAUAGACAAACUACAGACUGCUAUGCCUAUGUUGGACUUGGAAUUUUCGCAUCACUUCUUGUGUCUCUGUGUUGGUGGGAGAAUCCAAUGCAAGCUGCGAAUCGUGCUCAGGAAACAUUAUCAGAACUGGAUGGUUUCCGUGACUUUGUUUUUGUCAUCACCAGCCUUCUGAGGAUAAUUGUCAUCGGGGCGGUAUACCUCUUGCAUCAUGUCGUAAUUGAAGAGUCUGUCGUCUGGUCUAACUUCAAUUUAAAGAAUGAAGAUUGGGAAUUGUUAAGAGUAGGUCUGGGACUGUUUUUCUUACAGGCCUUCUGCUCAGCAGCAUGCCACUGGUUUGGAGUGGUGGCCUGUAAGAUUCAUGCCAUCAGGAUGAGUUUUGCCUUGCCCUUAUGUUGCACAGGACCUUCGGUGCUUCUACUGGGAAUGAUACUUUUCAUAUCACUAGCAGGACAACUGGAUGGAGAUCAUCAUGAGAAAAUCACUGAGUUUUGUGAAAGCUUGUUCCAUUUGAGCCAAAAGAACACAACCCCGGUUAUUUUACUAGAAAUCACAAGGAGCAUCUGCCGGACAUCACUGAACAGCUAUUACAUGCCAUGGACUUUCGCUAUGCUGGGAUUUGAGGGAGUAUGUAUGUGGUCAGGAUUGAUCACAUGUACUUACUAUGUAUGGAAGACAAAGGUCCAGCGUAUAGAGAGAACCUCGCAACUCUUUGUUCGGCGUCUGUAUGAAUCCGCUUUCAUAGACUUGUCUUUGUUACUUAACACCAAGAUGAAGGUGUCUCGAGCUCUAAACAAGGAAAGUCAUGAUGACAUCCAGAACUGUGUGCUCUAUCUAUGUGCCACCAUGUGGCAUGAGACCUAUGAUGAAAUGCUUAAGAUUCUGACCUCCAUGUUCAGGUUGGAUCGUUACAGAGGUGAUCCAAAAGAGGAACAUAAGGAUGCUUUCGAUUUUGAGUGUCACAUUUAUGUUGAUGACGCAUUUAUGACUGAAAAAGACACAGGGAAGAGGCUGGUUAAUUCUUAUGUCAAUGACUUGACUCAGGUUGUCAUCGAGGUUUACAGGGUUUUUACCAACAAAGAGCCCGACGAUGUAUCCAUCGUGGAAACUCCGUAUGGUGGCCGACUUGUAUUUGUUAUGCCAGAAGGUAACAUGCUCUACGUUCACCUUAAAGACAAAACCCUCAUCAGGAACAAGAAAAGAUGGUCGCAGAUUAUGUAUAUGUAUUAUCUACUUGGCUGGAAGGGCUACAUUGCCAAAAAUCCUCAGAUCAGAAAUCAGAAUUACCUAGGCAGAGAGUCUUUAAUCUCUAUGGAUGGGGAAGCAUUUUUCAUGCCUCAGUUUGACAAUGACAACAAACGAAGAUUCAUCUUAGAUGACAACGUAUAUAUCCUGGCGUUGGACGGAGACACCGACUUCCAGCCUAAAGCUGUGAUUUUGCUCGUCGACAGGCUAAGAAUGUAUGAAAAUGUUGGUGCAGCCUGUGGAAGAAUCCAUCCUACUGGAAUGGGUCCUAUGGUGUGGUACCAGAAGUUUGAGUAUGCAGUGGGUCACUGGCUACAAAAGACAGCAGAACACGUGUUUGGGUCUGUGCUGUGCAGUCCAGGAUGUUUCAGUCUUUUCCGAGCAUCUGCCUUAAUGGAUGAUAACGUGCUGAAGAGAUACACAACGACUGCCACAAGAGCUUCGGAAUACGUACAAUAUGAUCAAGGGGAAGAUCGUUGGUUGUGUACUUUGCUGCUGCAGCAGGGGUGGCGUGUGGAAUACAACGCUGCAUCCGAUGCCUACACCAACUCACCGCAAGAGUUUAAAGAGUUUUAUAACCAGAGGAGACGAUGGGGGCCAUCCACACUGGCUAAUACACUGGAUCUCCUUCACAGUGGUGCAGAGACAGUGAAAAGAAACUCCUCCAUAUCCAGACUUUAUAUUGUCUACCAGAUGUUCACUGUUGGUUCCUCUAUUCUUGGACCAGCAUCUGUGACUCUUAUGGUGGCAGGUGCUUUCCAGUUUGUCUUCAAAAUUUCUGGUACACUUUCCAUCAUCAUUGCAAGCAUUCCCCCAGUCUUCUACAUUAUCGUUUGUUUUAUUGCCAAACCAAACAACCAGAUAACAAUCGCUGCCAUUAUGAGUGUUCUGUAUGCCUUCUUGAUGACGGCUUCCUUUUUUUCUAUCAUCGGUGAUAUGGUUAUUCAAGGCACAUUCCUGACUCCAACUGGUGUGUUCCUGGUUUCUAUGACAAUCAUGUACUUGGUGACUGCUAUCCUCCACCCAGAGGAGUUUGGAAUGAUCAUCUAUGGCUUGAUGUAUUUCAUCUGUAUUCCCAGUGGCUACCUUCUGCUCACCAUCUACUCAUUGGUUAACAUGCACAUCGUAUCCUGGGGCACAAGGGAAUCCAAUAAGGGAGGAACAGAGAUAAAGAAGAAUCAUAACGUGCUGUGUGACCGAAAUUGCAGACUCUGCUGCUGGGACAUGAAGUUGCAGAUAACUCAGGAAACAGAGAACCUGAUGAUUCAACAAAUCACAGGACAGACUGGACAACAAGCCUCCCCCCCUCCAAUCACAGCGCCGGAAACAAAUCAACACGCCGCGUCAAAUGUGGCGCUGCAAGCUUCGUCUGACACCAACAAAGCAGCUGAGGAAGGAGAAAAAAAAACUCUGACGAAUAAAGACACUAUGGAGAUGAAAUUCUUGGACACCAUGUCCAAAUACACAGAUGAUAGCGUGGAAAAACAGAGUAUAUCAACAAAUGCAUCUUAUGAUGAUGAUGAUGAUGAUGAGGAGGAUGAUGACAACGACAACAGGGACAAUGCUGACCUUCCUUUGAGCGAAUGGGUGAGUCCAGUCAAAGAAGAGUUCUUAAAGAAGUUGACCUUUGCCAACUUAAAGAGGAACUUAAAAGAACAAAUACGGUACUCCCUCCGCAGCAAGAAUUACGAUGACGUGUGUGAUGAGUUGAUAUUAAUGCUAACAGACAGGCUAAGUGCGCAACUAUAUGGAAUUGGGCCAGAAGAUGUUUUGACAGAUAUCCAACUGGAGGAACUACAACAGGAAUUGACAGAGCAGGCUCGACACACCCUCAAGACCAGUCGAAUGGAAAGAUUAGAGAGGAAAGUCAAGAGAGCCAUCGAGAAAACUCUGACUGCCCCUCAGGUGCAGAAACUAGAAGAGAACGAGCAUGACUUUUGGAGCAAGUUGAUCGAUCGCUACUUGAAGCCUAUUGUAGACACUAAAGCGCAUCUUGAAGAAGUCACCAGAGAGCUCAAAUCACUGCGUAACAAGGCAGUGUUCCUCUAUUUCAUCCUCAACGUGUUGUGGGUGGUCGCGACCUUUUUCCUGCAAGCCAUUGGAACUGAUGUUCUAAGCAUCAAGAUCCCUAAAUACUAUUCAAAUGGAACAUUAUCUGAAGACUUCCUCGAGGUGGAGCCCCUCAGUUUGAUGUUCCUGUUAUCUUUUGCGAUUCUUCUCCUUGUCCAGUUUCUUGCCAUGUUGUAUCACAGGGUCUACACUUUGAUCCACGUGGUGUCAUACCGCAGCACGGAGAAAGACUACAAAGUGAAAGAUGAUGAGGAAGAUGACGAUGGCUUGACUUUCGAGAACCAAAACACAACUGGACUUAGCUUCACAAGUGAUGACUUGUAG